GGGCGCUGGUACCUGUCGUACUACUAGCUAGAGUACCAUUACGUACUCUCAACGACGUGGGGGUUGCUUUGAUCCGGAUUUACCCUGUACCUUAAUGAACACUUCUCUAUCCUAACCUUAAUGAUGGAAUCAGCACUGAGCCAUGAGUCGAGUCACAGUCAUCCAAAAUUUAAGAAACAUCACGAAACAAAAGCAAACAGCAAAUGCUACCCUCAUUAUUCUUCGGUAGCUUUCUCAUUCAUUCAUAAUCUACCUACACGAGUAUUAGUAGCACUUCCGAUUGCUCCACGCUGCCAACACAGUACUGUACAGUACCACUCCUCCUCAUCUUGUCUCCCUUAUCUUAUCUCUUUUAAAAGUCAAGCUUAAGUCAAGCCAAGCCAAGAAGCAAGCUAAACUCAAACUCAGAGAUCCAAGAUGAACUUGUUCAAGAGCAAACCCAAGAACAGCCCGAGUAAGAAGAAGAAGAAAAAGACGAAGCAAGAUGGCGUUCGAGCGCAGCGUGAGAAUAUCUUUGCCCAAAAGUUGGACAUGACGGAAUCGUACAAACCUCCGUUUUACCCGAAGAGUGAAGCGGCUUACGAGUUUAUCGACGGUUGCUUGGGCGACAAUUUCGUGUUUCAGAAUCUUAGUAGCAAGGAACGUCGACUUUUGAUUGACGCCAUGCAAACGCAGGAAGUUCCAGGUGGAGAACCGAUUGUCACUCAGGGAGAAACGGGAGAUUAUUUCUAUGUAGUUGACGAAGGAACGGUUCGAUUCGAAGUCGAUUCGCGCAAAGUCGGUCAAUGUGGUCGUGGAGGCUCGUUUGGAGAAUUGGCAUUGCUCUACAAUUGUCCACGAUCGGCAUCUUGUGUCGCUGAAACCACUUGUACGCUAUGGAUCGUAGAUCAAAAGACCUUUCGACACAUGCUCGCAAACACGCAGAAUACACAAAACAAGGAAACACACGGGAUUCUCAAGAAAGUGUCAUUUUUCUCCGACCUCGAAGAUCGUGACUUGACUCGUAUUGCCGAUGCCUUUUCCACGCAAGUGUGCAAGGCGGGAGAUCGAAUCAUUACCAAGGGAGAAAUUGGAGACAACUUUUACAUUAUUCAAGAAGGAACUGCCAAGGUGCACGACAUUGGGCAACGAGAAGGACAGUUCAUUGAACAGAGUAUGGGAGCUGGAGCCUUCUUUGGAGAACGUGCGCUGCUCACGGGAGAACCCAGAAAUGCGUCUAUUACCGCCACUUCCGAACGAUGUGUAUUGCUCAAAUUGGGUCGAGAAGAAUUCAAAGUUGUGCUCGGACCACUCCAGGCGGCCAUUGACAGAGCCAUGUCCAAACGAACACUCCUCGCGGUACCCAUUUUCAUCAUGUCUCAAUUUGAAGCCUUUGAAAUGAACCGAUUGGCCGAUCUCGUUGUGGAAAUGACAUUCCGUCCAGGAACAGUGUUGGCGCAACAGGGAAAACCACUCGUACAAAAUUUCUAUGUCGUAAGACAAGGAAAAGUACGCAUUCUACAUCAAAAUUCAUCGCGACCGGGAUUCCUCAGUGACAGUGACUACUUUGGACAAUCCUUCCUCAAAGAACCUGAUGGAGCCGUCGCCACGCAAACCAUCACCGUCAUGGAAGAAACACGAUGUGGUGUACUCUCCAAAAAAGAUUUCCUAUCCGUCGUCGGCAAUGCCGAUCGACUCGGACGGCCACGACGCCCCAAGGCACAAUCCGCACACGAAAAAGCCAUUACGCUCAAGGAGCUAUCCAAAAUUCGUAUUCUGGGUGUGGGAACCUUUGGAAAAGUUUGGCUCGUCACACAAAAAAAGACGGGCACACCCUACGCACUCAAAAUGCUAUCCAAAUACGAAAUUAUUCAACAUCAACAAGUGGGAUCCGUCGCACAAGAAAAAAAUGUCAUGUCCAUGCUCGAUCAUCCUUUCGUCAUUAGUUUGGUAGGAUCCUUUAUGGAUUCCAGGAGUCUUUACAUGGUACUCGAAUUGGUACAGGGAGGAGAACUCUUUAGUGUCAUUCACACCGAAUCCAUGGACGGGGUGCCCAAUGGAAAUGCAAGAUUCUAUGCCGCUUGUAUUCUUGAAUCACUCUCCCAUUUGCACAUGAGGAACAUUGCCUACCGUGAUCUCAAACCUGAGAACGUCUUGGUUGACAACAAGGGAUACUGUGUCUUGGUGGAUUUGGGAUUUGCCAAAGUUGUAGACGACAAAACGUACACACUCUGUGGAACACCCGAAUAUCUGGCACCGGAAAUCAUUCUCUCCAAAGGACACGACAAGGGAGCCGAUUACUGGGCAUACGGAGUACUCAUUUACGAAAUGGUUGUGGGGCAUUCCCCCUUCUUUGAUUUUGGAUCCAACAGCCAGGCAGAUCUAUUUCAACGCAUUUGCAAGGUACAAUAUUCGUUUCCUGGGGGUGGAUUGGUGCAUCAUCAUGCCCAAGAUCUCAUCAAACGAUUGAUCAUCCGACGACAAGCCAGUCGCAUGGGAUGCUUGGCUCGUGGAGAUAUGGAUAUUCGAGAUCAUCCAUGGUUUGAAAUUAUCGAUGUCGACAAGUUGCUCCGCCGAAAAUGGCCCGCCCCGUGGGUGCCUCGGAUCCGCAAUGCUCUCGAUUCCAGUCACUUUGAUUCCUACGAGCAUCUCGAGAAGGAUUCCAAGAAGGAUCCCUCGUUGACGGCCUCCGAGCAGGCUCUGUUCAAAGACUUUUAGCUGGCUGGCUUUUGCUAGCUACAAAUAAUUAGCUGCCUGGUGAGUAGGAAAGGCCGAGCUGGAGUACAACAGGACACGACAGGAAAACGACUGAAGAAAACGCAAAUGUGAGGGUCUGAUGGGGAUGCUUAUAUAUAUCUGGUAUGGUGCAUUGUGCCGUAUCUGUGUAUUUUCAAAAUAUGAAACUGGAAGGAUGGUUCCUAGCUUGUAUCAACAUUAGUGCUGUUAGAAGGAACAAACAAUGGUCAACUAGCGAUGCUACGGCGUUACUCUUCUGGUCCAGCUUCGACCACCGGUUUAAGUGCACGGGGAGGGAUAGCGGUACCCUUGCGGUCAACUCUGGUUCUGGUGCCGUAAUACUGUAGUGAUGGGGGCUUAGUGAUCGCGAUGUUGUGUCUUUAAAGCCUUGCCAUCUGAUUUCUAAAAGAUCCCAAACCGUUGCUUCAAAGGACAGCCGGCACACGAUCCUGGUUGAGCUAGCGCCUGUCCUUGCAUGGUGCACUCCACCUCUCGCAUUCACUCCUCCUAUAGUCCAGUCAGUCCAGUCUCACCCCAAACUCAUCAUUUGAAUCCUUCCUUGCUAUCCUUUCUCCUUCGGUUGGUCUGCUCACUCUUGGCUACCCAGCCCCGGCACUGCUGCGCUCCGACCUAUGGCGUCCAAAACCCACCCAUACUUCAGCCUACCCCCAUAGCAAGCUUCCCAGUUGUGUGAAGCCUUAUUACCCUCCAUUCAGCCUCGGUAUGUUCACCUACAUAGCCUCUUGCCCUUUCUCGGAAUCAAGAGACGUGCCGGGUUGAUGCUGCCAAUGGGCAUCUGAACCUCGACAGAAAGGCCAGCCUUUUGGAAAUGCGGGGGCUUGUAUCGAUUGUUCCGAGGCCCAGCAGCAUUUCCUAAAGGGCCCGCACGACAUCUAGAGACAUACACGUACCCGCUUCAAGAGCAAGAAAAAGUUCCGUCUCGUACAGCAACGUUGCCAUGGCGAGGCAGUACAAGGCGUGACGCUGGACGCUGGUGAUCUUGGAGGUUCUUGCGGUCGAUCUUCUGUAGGUUGCCAGAGGAGGGGACACGUUGGCUGCCUCAAUUGGUCAUGGCGGUAUACUGUUUCGAAGCGAUAGGUUCAUGGUGAUCUAUUCGUAAAGGCUGUAUUGAGACGUGUCUAAAGACUAGAUGAACGAGAGCGUCAGAAUCUAGUAUGAUGUUGGCCAAUGGCUUGCCACAAAUGUUCCAUUCGACUUGAAUUCCGUAAUGGUCGAACGCGUUUAGCAUCUUGUGAAGCGAUCAUCGUAAACAUGUCCUUGGACACGUCCCUCAAGCAAAUCACACUACCGGUGCCGAGGAGCUGCAAAGUCUUUCCGGCGCACUUGAACUCCACACUACCUUGAACCACUACAUGUACUGCUUGUCACAUCCCCAACGCCUUCCUCUAGUAGGGGGAUCAUUUAGGCCGAAAAGUCGUUCGUGUCCGAAUUGAAUCGAACGGAACAGAUUGAUGAAGUACGAGGGCAGCCGGAAUCCCUCGGACUCCACACAAAACGUGUUAUUUGGUGUCGGUACUGUACCACGUAGAAUGAGGAGACAUGGUGAUGGAAACCAGAGGAACAAAGAGAUCUGCUAGUAUACGAGAGUUGCGCCGAGUGAAGUCCCACACUUCGUACUCUUUGAUCUCGCAAAGCCUUAGACAAAUAGACUUCAGAUCCGAAUGAGAGCUUAUAGCCUUAUGUUUCUCGUCGCA